ACCAAUACUAACGGAAGAUAUUACAAAAUUUGGCCAAAGCAUAUUGCCGAUUUUUUAUUGGUAAUACAGGGGCAAACUUUGCAAACAGAUCACAAAAGUCAUGCCACGGGGUAAACGUCGAGCUGCUGAAAUUGGUGAUACUAUGGAUGCCCAAUCAAAAAGAGCCCGCACCAGCUACACAAAUAUUGGAACACAGCAAAGCAGCCGACGCCAUAUCAGAGCAGAAGAUGGCUUCAGCCAGAAGCGCUGUCUCGCUUGGUUCCAAGAAUACACCACACCUGAUGAGCCAGAUACGUUGGGUCCCGAUGGCAUGGAGAAAUUCUGCUGCGAUAUUGGUUGCUCUCCGGAGAAUAUUGUGAUGCUUGUGCUGGCUUAUAAAAUGGGCGCCACCCAGAUGGGUUUCUUCAGUCAACAGGAGUGGUUAAAGGGUCUCACAGAUCUCGAGUGUGACUCUACAGCAAAAAUGGUUGUGAAACUGGAUUAUCUGCGUAGCAUACUAAACGAUCCGAAUUUGUUUAAAAGUAUAUAUCGAUAUGCCUACGACUUCGCCAAGGAUUCGGAUCAGCGCAGCAUGGACAUUGCGACGGCCAAGGCAAUGCUGCAGUUGCUCUUGGGCAAGCAAUGGCCGCUUUUUCCACAAUUUGCUCAAUUUUUAGAGCAAUCUAAGUACAAGGUUAUUAAUAAGGAUCAAUGGUGCAACAUACUGGAGUUUUCACGCACCAUUUCAAUGGAUUUAUCAAACUACGAUAUUGAUGGCGCCUGGCCUGUGAUGUUGGAUGAAUUUGUGGAAUGGCUGCGUUUACAACGUGGGUUAGUCAUUGUCAGUUCAGGAUCUAGCUGAAAGUUCCUGGAUCGCAUACUUCUAGUUAAACUAUAGAAAUUCAAUAGAGUCCAUGAUGAGACACACUUAUAUAAAUAAAUACAUACAUACAAGCGCUAACUCAUACAAAACAUACUUACACUCAAACCUACACAUGAGACAUACAAGGCACUUGAGACUGCGUAAAACUGGCAAAGCAAACCAACUAUGAAACUACACUAAUGAUAUAUGUAUACAUAUAUAUAUUUAAUGUAAUAAUUUAAUUGUAAACGACAUCUAAAAACAAUCUACAUAAUGUGUUACUUUUAAGACAUCACUGAUCCAACAACAUAUGGGGAAGAACUCAAAGGAAUGCAACUAAACCGAGUCCUAUCAGGAUGGAGGAGUGUAGCGAUAACCGAAUUAAACUAAAACUGAUGCGAAAUCAAACAAAACAAAUAUUAAAGCACUUCCAUAUGCGAGUACAUCAAAUUGUGUAGUCAAGAUUAGCGGAAAACAAAAUUAAUGAAUUACUUUACCUUUGUGCAAGCAACUAUGGGGAAGUCGUUAAGUCUAAAGACUAUUUAAUAAACAUAUUAAGUCGA